UGUCAGUCGUGAAUUAUACGUGAAUACGCCAAGUUGUGGUAGCGAAUGGCAACAAAACAAAUGCCGCGAAGAGAAUAAUAUAAACAAACAAACAAACAAACGGAUUACAACCAAAACAAUUAACAACGAAUGAAGAACGGUCAAUAGCGAGUGCAUAAACAAUUUUCGAAUUUUAUUGUUUUUUAAAAAUUGUAAUUUUUAAAAUUUUAUGAAAAAACAUAAUUCAAACAAUUAACAAAAUGUCGACAAACAACGAAGUUGAAAAAAAUGUUAGUAGUGAAAAUUCCAACACAAAUAUGAUGACGGUUGAAAUACCCAUCAUUACCCCGGUGGCAACUGAAACAAUGACAGUUGCUGUCACUAGUCCGACAACAGAAACAAUGCCGCCAACUUCGGUGCCUGCCGCAGCAACGGGAGCACCCUUAGCACCAAUAUCGGAAACACCAUCCAAAACCGAGGACACAGUGGAUUUUAAGAAAAUGGAUAUAAACGAGCAGCUACAACAACCCAAUCCCAAUGCACCACCACCAACGGUAACAACAACAGUGACCAUCAUUACCAAAGAUAAAAUGGAUACCGAUCCAGCAAUGGCCAAUUUCAAAGUUUUGUACGUUCUGACGCAGCUGUGUGGUCUGACAAUGAUUGUAUUGAUGGGUAGCUGGGUUGGUGUGCACAUGGGCGGUGUGGGUGGCACCGACAAUCCCGCAUUGGAGUUUAACUGGCACCCACUGCUAAUGACGAUCGGUUUGAUCUUCUUGUACGGCAAUGCCAUUUUGGUUUAUCGCGGCUUCCGUACAAUGCGCAAAAAGACUUUGAAAGUUACCCAUGCCGCCCUGCACAUGGGCGCCUUUAUACUAACUGUGAUCGCUUUGAAAACUGUUUUCGAUUCUCAUAAUCUGGCCAAGACUCCAAUACCGAACAUGUAUUCGUUACACUCAUGGCUGGGCCUGUCUGCUGUACUGAUUUUCUCUCUGCAAUAUGUCAUUGGUUUUACGGCAUAUUUGGCUCCGGGUGCCAAGGAAUCGUUCCGUGCUGCAUUGAUGCCGUUGCAUGUCUAUUUUGGACUUUUUGGUUUUGUACUGUCGAUUGCAUCGGCUUGUAUGGGCAUAACGGAAAAGGCCAUAUUUGCAUUGGGCAGCAGUUAUUCCCAACUACCAAGCUCUGCUGUUAUGGUCAACCUUUGCGGUGUUCUGUUUGUGGUCUUUGGUGGCUUGGUGGUUUAUUUGGCCACCAAUCCGGCGUAUAAGCGAAAACCCAUACCCGAAGAUACAGUGCUCCUGACUGGUUCUGCCGAGUAAAGCAGUUCGGCUACAAAUGUUUGUAAACUUGUUUUUAGUUUUACGAAAAUAGUGUCACAAAUUUUAAGCUCAAAUUUUUACAAUUUUUUCUUUUUUCGGUUUUUUUUUAUUACCAAGUGAUUUUUUAAAAUUAUAUUUUUUUCUGUAAAAAAAUAUUACAAAGUUGUGAGAAACCAAUAACUGACAGUUAUUGAGUUAAUAAUGUCGCUCAAAAAUAAUCGACGAAUUGUAAAUCAAAACGUUUUUGAAUAUUAUGGUGCAGAAUGAUAAAUUGCGGUGCUAAACAAUAGAGAAACAAUUGUUUUAUUCAUUUUAUUUUAUUUUUUUAUUUAAAUACAUACUUACACUUGUAUAAUUGCAUUACUCCAUGUAGUACCAACAUCAACAACAAAAAAUAAAAAUUUGAAAUAAUAUCCAAAUUAUCCCUGGCCCGGCCCCUGAUGUGUAAUGUCCCCCGUGCGAAAGCGUUCUAUACUAAAAUGUAAAUUUAUGAUUAACCAAAUAAACGAUAUCUGUCUAUAUAUGUGUAUAUCUAUCUAUCUGUAUGUAUUUUAUGCUAAUAUACGAUUAUUAAAUAAAUGUUAUUAAAUUAUAUUUAUCUAUACAAACAAACAACAACAACGAAUAAAAUCUUUUUUUACACCGAGA